AUGACUCACCAUGGCCAUGGCAAUAAUCCUCCCCCACCAGGUCCGCCACCUCCGGGACCUGAUCACCACCACCAUCCCCCACCACCUGGCCCAAAUCAUGGGCCACCUCCUCCAGGCCCGGGUGGUCCGCCUCCUCCAGGCCCGGGUGGUCCGCCUCCUCACGGCCAUCACGUUGUAACAAGAAUGGAAAUAGGCUAUAUAGAUUUCAUCUAUUUUGUAAGGAAUGACAUAUUGAGCGUACUUGUUGUAUGGAUGGAGGAGGAGCAAGAACAGGUGAAGUGA